AUGAAGACAACCCCCUCCAAAGCCCGGAGGAACGUAGCAGGUGCGCCGUAUCGUCUGCACCGUACUCUACCCAAGCUCCCCCCUGUUUUAGACGCCGUUAUGCCCAUUGCAACUCAAGACACAUCCCCUGCACCGGAGAUUGGAAACCAGACCCUAGACGGAAGCUCGGCGUUGAUCCCCAGCGCGUCGACAAGUAUCAUAAAUUGCCUUCGCCGCAAGCUUCGAGGUUCGAACACCAUGUACACUUGCUAUCAAGUUGAGAACUCGUCGCAGUCAUUCCAUCCAUCUCAAAUACAAUCGGUCAAACCCAGCGAAGGCGAUGUGUUUGUCCACACUCUUACGCCAGGAGGGCUGAACAGCGUUUGGACUUGGUCGCAGGAGACCUGGACAGUUAUUACUCAGGGGGGGAAGCACCCAUCGCUCGCGAACUACGUCUUCUCAAUGGAGAAGGGUGCAGGAUGGGUGACAGUUAAGAGUUACAAUACCUAUCAAACCAGAGGAUUGAGGCGGGCGUCCCUUCCUAGCACUUCAUCUGGAGGGAUGGGCCUGUCUACCAUGUCUAUAUAG